AUGGCGGCCGGAGCGAAGGUGGUGCGCUGGUGGCGGUGGGUGGUAGCGGCGGCGGCGGCGCUGGCGGUGGCGCUCGGUGCGCCUUUGCCCGGCGGCAACGACCUCGAGGGCCCCGCCACGCCCUCCUACGUGCAGCACGUGCUGCCCUCCUUCGGCAGCGCCGUCUUCGGCGACCCCGACGAGCAGAUCGGGGAGAAGGUGUCGGCGUGGUCGAACGAGACGGGCGUGAACCCCGAGGAGUUGGGGGAGUACGCCGAGGGCGACAUCCUCUUCCCGGCGACAGCGCGCAACGGGCUGGCCACGACCAUGGCCCGCUGGCCUGAGGGCGUCGUGCCCUACAAGUUCAGCUCCCAAUUCUCGUAUCGAGACCAGGAGUUACUCCAAGAGGCGUUCCGCCAUUACCAUGAGUUUACGUGCAUAAAGUUCGUGCCAUACACAAACCAGCCUGACUACAUCUACCUCACCAGCAGCAACACAGGCUGCUGGUCCUCCGUGGGGCGGGUGGGCGGCAUGCAGGAGAGUCCGGGCUGCACGAGCACCGUGGGCACGCCCAUCCACGAGCUCAUGCACGCGCUGGGCUUCCUCCACGAGCAGAACCGCUGGGAGCGCGACCGCUACGUCACCAUCCACUGGGAGAACAUCCUGCAGGUUGAUAAACUAUCAAAGAGACUGAAGAAAGAUUUAAACAAUGUUGGUAAGCUGAUCGAUUUCAAUGCCCAACCUUCUCAGCUAACAAAUGGCUAA